GGUUUGUCCGGCCAGUGAGCCAUUGCUGGUCGCCGGUGGACUCUGACUCUCUGAGUCAUCGACAGCGUCUCUCUUUGACUAUCCAGUCAACGGUGCCAACGCAACUCGUCGAUAUAUUCUCCUCUCUUUCUCUGACUUCACGCUAUCCCCAUCGCCAUAUUUUUGUCCAUGACGGGAGACGACGGAGAGCUCUUCGGCUACCACGACGACCACCUCGAGUUCUUCCAAUCCGUCUCCGAUACCCUGCAGGGAUUCAUGAGUUUUGAGGACUACUGCUUAAACUACCGCCCUUCCGACGUGCCAUGGUGGCAGCAGAAUGCAGAGUUCGCGAGCUGCCGAGAGGAGGUGGAAUUCGAUGCGGAGGAGAGUCCUUCCCAGAGGAAGCUCAUGCUAACUCAGUCUUCGUUGUCUUCAUCAUUGCUAGAGGAAGAGGAGGAGGUAGCGGUGGAGAUUGAAGAGAUGAGCCAACAAGAAUUAGUUGCUGAUAUGGACAAAUUUAAACAUCAUGAGAAGAAACCUAAGAAGAGAGGAGAGAAGCGGCAGAGGGAGCCUAGCUUUGCCUUCAUCACCAAGAGCGAGGUUGAUCAUCUUGAAGAUGGAUAUAGGUGGAGAAAAUAUGGCCAAAAAUCAGUAAAAAAUAGUCCUUUUCCAAGAAGCUAUUAUCGGUGCACAACGCAAAAGUGCCAGGUGAAGAAGAGAGUGGAGAGAUCAUAUCAAAAUCCAUCCAUUGUGAUCACAACCUAUGAAGGGAAACACACGCACGCUAGCUCUGAGACGACUCCUCGAGUGCAAUAUUUUCCGAUGACACCACCACCAUCAGCGGCGGCGAAAGUGCCGAGCUUAAUCCACCACCACCACCAUCACCACCUUCUGAUGCAGCAGCAGCAGCAUCUACUCGGCGGCAUUGAACAUUUGAACAUGUAAACACCAAUGCUACUGACAUCCAGCAUUUCCAAUAUAAUUCUAAUUUGCAGCCAUCAGUUCAACUUCCUGAUUACGAUCUCUUGCAAGAUGCUAUUUCCUGCUCAAUAUUCAUGCAGAGGAAUCAACCAUGAGGACUGUCUAAUUAAUUAGCUAGGUAGCCAGUUAUAGAUAUAUAAUUGCCAUUUUCGAUCGUUUUACAUUUGGAUUGAUCAAUUCAUUAUGAUUCUUGUACAUGCAUAUCGUUGCCGCUAAAUCAGUUUGAUCUGAAUGAGAUGGAUCGAUGAUUAGUUCUGUUAUCUAUAAUAUGAUUGAAUAAAUGUAUGUUCUUGUUUA